GGUACUUGACAGGUGUAGUAUGGCAGAAAAUUUGUCUCCCAACACUCAUGAUCCCAACAUGUCAAAUAACAACAGUGAAGAAGAACAAUCAAUAGAGUCUACACUAAAUGACCAAAACUAUCUCUUUGUUGUCGCUUUGGAUUUUGGAACAACAUAUUCUGGUUAUGCAUUCAGUUCAAGAGAUCAAUUUCGCAAAAAUCCUUUAGAUAUUCAUAGUCAUCAGAAUUGGACAGCAGGUGGCACGGCUCUAAUAUCGCUCAAAACUCCAACAUCUCUUCUUAUUGACAAAGAUGGCAAUUUUGUUGCUUUUGGUUAUGAAGCAGAAGAUACAUUUUACUCAGAGGUGGCAAAAGACCAACGUGGAAACUUUAUGCUGUUCAGGAGAUUCAAAAUGAAAUUACACAACAAAAAGGGAAUUAGUGACAACCUGUAUCUUGAGGAUGUUGCGGGGAAAGGAUACCCUGCAAAACAUGUAUUUACUCUCUCAAUAAAGGCAUUGGUAGACCAUUUUAAGGAAAACAUAAGAAGGAGUCUGAAUAUAGAAUUUACAGCAACCGAUUUAAGGUGGGUUUUGACUGUCCCUGCUAUAUGGAAUGAUGCUGCCAAAGAAUACAUGCGUCAGUGUGCUAUAAAAGCUGGAAUUCCAGACAAAAUGUUAAAAAUUGCCCUUGAACCAGAAGCAGCAUCUAUAUAUUGCCAAUUUCUUCCAAUCGAAAGAAACCCUGACGGUUUUGGAAUGACAAAGGAAGGCACAAAGUAUAUGAUUGUUGACAUUGGCGGGGGUACUGCUGACAUUACAGUUCAUGAAAAAAUCAAAGAUGGUAAACUGCGAGAACUUCACCAAGCUACUGGAGGGGCGUGUGGCGGGACAGCAGUUGACAGAGAAUUCGAGAUACGUCUCACCGGGAUACUCGGAGAAAACAUUAUGAAAAAACUUCGUACGUCGAGAACAGAAACUUAUCUUGAUAUAUUUCGGGAGUUUGAAGUUGCAAAGCGAGUAUUUACACCGAAUAGCACAGGCCCUAUUCGAAUGACAAUUUCAUAUGUUGCACUGAAUGAAUUGUCAGAGGAAAUAGAGGGAAAGACUUUGAAAACGAUGUUUGAAAAUGCAGAAGGAAUGCAAUUGAAGUUGGACAAACUGCACAUAGAUGUCGCGACAAUGAAAAAGUUUUUUGAGCAAUCGGUUAAAGAGCUUAUUCAGCACAUGCAGGAUGUUAUGCAGAGUCCACAAACAAAUGGGAUAUCACUUAUAUUGCUUGUCGGGGGAUCAGCUGAUUCUAAGUACAUACAAUCUGAAGUUACCAGUGCGUUUGACUCGGUUCGAUUGAUUAUACCUCCUGAGGCGGGUUUGGCAGUGCUUAAAGGAGCUGUGAUUUUUGGUCACGAUCCAACACUAAUAAAAUCAAGAAUUUUGCGCUUUACCUACGGAACUUCGGUAUGUGAAAAAUUCAAUCCAAAUAUUCACAAAGAGGAAAAGAAAAUCACAAUUGACGGCGAAGAUAUCUCCAUUGAUUGCUUCAAAAUGAUACUUUCCGCCGGAACAGAAGUGGAUAUAGGACAUAAAGUGAUUGCUGUGUAUUCAACGGCCUCUGUAUUUCAAAGCGGGGCAGAGGUAAAAAUAUUCUGCACUCCAAAAAAAGAAAUAAAAUAUACAGAUGAAGAGGGGUGCUUCUUACUCGGAAAAUUGUUCAUUCCACUUCCUUUGAAUCUGUUGAUGGGGAUAUUGGGUAUUGGCAAUCAAAAAGAGCAACCUUUCGUCGUAGCUUAUAUUUUUGGUGACACAGAAUUAAAAGUUAUGGGAAAAGAUAUGUUUAGCAGCACUUUUACAAGCUGUUCACUCAAAAUGAGAGAAGAGGAAGUGGACGAGAUGGAACAUGAAAAUGAAGACUAACAAAGCAAAAAUUGUGGAACAUUUUGUGAUAAAAACUUUUCUCCUUCUUCUUGUGAUAAAAACUUUUCUCCUUCAUUAGUAAACUUCAGAUUGUAUUCUGCAUGACUUAGAUACAUGUGUAAACAAGUCAGUGCAUAAAAUUAAAUUUUUCAACCUAUAGGAUCGCGAAAAGAUAUAUUGUACUUUGUCAACCAACGACCAUGAGAAGCAUUAUCCAGUGAAAAAAAAUGAGUUUAUCUUAGUAUGCAUUCUAAAGCAAAAGGCACCAAAAAAAUGAAAUACACAUAGUGAUACUAUCGCAAUAAUUACCGAAUUAGUACCUUAUGCUUGU